AUGAACGUAGUGCGCAACGCAGUGCACAAUGCGCUGCGCCCUGCGCUGCGCAGUCGCCCCUACGCUACCUACGUCCCGCCAGCGUCGCUGAAGGAGGUCGGCCCUGGACAGCGACCCUGGCUCUCGAGCAGACAGCCACCUGAAUCUCCCAAUUUCUAUACCGGCCGCGCCGAGUACUACGACUCCCUCAAUGAUCUGGAGACCUCCAUCCAGCACACGCGUGCUGCCCUCACGUCCCUGCAGCUCCUCCCGCUCCCGGCCUUCGCUCGCGCCGCCAUCCCGCCCGCACAGCACGUGUGGCAAACGAAGCAGGACAUCAUUCAAAGGAUGAGAAUGACCCUCAGUACGACGCGGUACCGCCGCCUCAUCAAAUUGCUCAACCAGCUGGACCAGUACCGGCGCAUAGCGGACGUCGCCGGCGUGGACGUGCUCACAGAACGGAUCGAAGGCGUGCUGUCGGUGUUCGAGAAGCCCAACAAGGAGGCCAUCCUUGCGCACGGGAAGAAGAAGCCGGUGGCAUUUGAUGACUAUGGGAGGACCUACACCAUUGGCCGAAGGAAGACCAGUACCGCUCGUGUCUGGACUAUCGCUGUGCAAAGGCCCCCAGAGGAGCCCGUCGAAGAGCAGAAUGCCGAUGGGCAGACUGCCGACGAGGAGGUACUGCCGCAAAUGGAGUCGACUGUGGUAUCAGCGAUCGAGUAUAUACCACCGAAACCCGUCAAAGUCACUUCCACGAACAUCGUCAUCAAUAACAGACCGCUCGUGGAGUACUUCCCGCAAUUGGCAGACCGCGAACGGGUGAUCCUCCCCUUCAAAAUCGCAGGCCUCGUCGGUGCCUACAACGUCUUUUCCAUUGUGCGUGGCGGUGGUUCCACUGGUCAGAGCGGCGCCAUCAGUCUGGGUAUUGCAAAAGCCCUCGCAGCCCAUGUACCCGACGUCGAGCCGCUCCUGCAGAAAGCCAAACUUCUCCGCCGUGAUCCUCGUAUGGUCGAGAGGAAGAAGACGAACCGGCGCAAAGCUCGUGCGGCUGUACGUCGUCCCUGCUUUCACCGCUUGAGGAGAUACUGA